AUACAUACAAUACAACACACUUUCACACAACACAACCAACACUACCGUCAUUGCCAUCAAUGCUAUAAUUACUCUAAUUAUUGAUUUAAUUGAUAUUUAAUUGACUAUUAAUUAAAGCCUUGAUUAGUGCCAACAAUACUUUGCUAUCAAUUUGUCUUCAGAUAAUAUCGACACCGAUUGUCGGCUCAAGUGAUCACUUGACGACAUCAAUCACAUCGAUUGCGAGCACAACAGGGCUAAUAUCAAGAAAUGCGUGAAUACAAGAUAGUUGUGUUGGGAUCAGGAGGUGUGGGCAAGAGUGCACUGACGGUGCAAUUUGUACAAGGUAUAUUUGUUGAGAAAUAUGAUCCGACUAUUGAAGACAGUUAUCGCAAACAAGUGGAAGUGGAUGGACAGCAAUGUAUGCUCGAGAUAUUGGACACAGCGGGCACUGAACAAUUCACAGCAAUGCGUGAUCUCUAUAUGAAGAAUGGACAGGGAUUUGUAUUGGUUUACUCGAUCACAGCUCAGUCCACUUUUAAUGACUUACAGGAUCUAAGGGAACAGAUAUUGCGAGUAAAAGACACCGACGAUGUGCCUAUGAUUUUGGUCGGCAAUAAGUGUGAUCUCGACGAUGAAAGAGUGGUCGGCAAAGAUCAGGGCGCAAAUCUGGCCCGAAGUUUCAAUAACUGUGCUUUUCUCGAGUCCUCUGCCAAAGCUAAGAUCAAUGUCAAUGAGAUCUUUUACGAUUUGGUCCGACAAAUCAAUAGAAAGAAUCCGGAGAAAAAACAACGACCGCCACGAAAGCCAAGAUGUGUUGUGUUGUAAUAGACUUAUAAAUAAGUGACACAAAUGGCACAUAUUUUUAUUUUCUAAACAACAAAAACAAAAUAUCCAAACAAUGUAUGAGUUUAUCAAAAGGUUUUCAAUUUCUAAGUCAUAUGUAAUGAUUUGAAACUUUUAUUUUUUUGUAAUUAGGUUUUUGCUCAAAGUUUAAUUGAUUCAUUUUAUUUACUUUUAAACUAUGAUUUUAUUUAUAUUUAUAAGUUUAUAAUUUUUACAUUGAAUAUCCCAAAAGUGUUAUAUUUAUGUAAUUUCAAGAAAGAGUGGGAAAAAGUGCACAAAAUAUGUUUUAAAUAAAUUAAUUGAAUUGAAAUUGUUUAAUAAGUCUAUAAAACAAAAUGUUUGUUUUAUAAGUUUGCCAAUUAUUUUAUAGAUAUUAAAUAAUUUGUUGA